CUUUUAGAAAUAUUAAUAUGAUUCAUUCAGAUGAAAGUAGCAGUGAUCACUUCUCUCUUAACUCUUAGUAUGAACUUUGACUAUUUUAGACACCAAAACAAUCUUAAUUUAAGUUUGAAGGAUAAUGGAAAGAAAUAUGCAGUAAUUGAUCAUUAGAUCAGGGUUUAAUUACUUAAACGCAUUCUUUCUAAGGAAGCAACAAUUAAAGAGGCAGCAAAAGAAUUCGGAGUCAAUUUCAGUACAGCAAAGGCAAUUUUGUAAACAUACAGGAAGGAAGGAAGAAUUGGAAAAAAGAAAACUAGAGAAAGAAAUAAAAAAAAGAAAGAUGAUUCAGAUUAUCAUUUCACUAAUACAAGGAAAGUUUAAUCAAUGUAUGAUUUAGAGAGGGAAGCUCCUUAACAUAGAAGAACAUUCUCACCUGAUUUAAGGGUUUUUUUAUUCGACAUAUUUCUUUUAGCCUGCAGAUAGGACUAUAAAUUAGCAUCCAUUAAUUCUAUAAUAACAAUUGAACUUCUUAAACUCUUAAAGCUAAAUAGGUUCCACUCCUAAUUUAGAUGAACCAAAUGCUUAGAUGGCUUUAGCAAUCUGUUAAAGGGAGUUGGCCUAAUAAAAAAUGAUUAAUGUGCAAUUAUUAUUAAUGCUUUAAGUAUAAAUAAAUAGAAAUAAAAUAGACUUAUCAAAGUUCACAUUAAUAACUAUCGGUAGAAUAAGUCAAAAUUGAAUAAGAUAAACAAAAUUGAAUUAUAUAAAAAAAAUAGAAUUAGAGAAACAAAAUUGAAACUUAAUUUUGUAUUUAUUAGCAAAC